AUGGCACUUCGGCGGUACACAGCAUCAAUCGAUGGUACCAUCCCAGUCCCUGCACUCCUCUAUGACGAUGAAGAGGUUCUAGCAUCCCAGGAUAACGUAGGCAUAUAUGAUGGCCUACAGAAAGCUCCUGACUACCAGUCAGGUUCUGUUCACGUCUCGACGCAUCGCCUAUUCUUCGUUCAUUCGCAGAACCCUACAUCGUAUUCUUUUACUAUGGAUCUACUUCAUGUGAUACGGACGAAUUAUUACGCUGGUUUGUUCAAAUCUUCACCAAAGGUCUCCUUAUUCCUCGACGUCGAUACUGCCUUACCUUUGAACGCAACGUCCGGGCAGCAAACAGAAGUAUUCGAGAGCUGGGAAUGCGAAGUCUGCAGCCAUCGCAACCCUCCAGGUUUGAGCCCAACCGCAGCUCGAAUAUGUGCUCUAUGUGGCGUGCCGCGCAGCGCUUUUGCGGGGUCAACAGCGCCGGAGCCAUUAUCUCAAAGUAAAUCCUUGCUCCCCUCCCUUCCCGAGUCUCCAUACACCUCUCUGUCUUCCUCGAGUUCUCCAGGGCCUCUAUCUCCUCCAUCAACGAAUGAUGAUCCCGAUGAAAUUGCGUGUCCUGCAUGUACCUUUCUUAAUCACCCGUCUUUGCGUGUCUGCGAAAUAUGCACGACGCCGCUUCCCACUAUUGAACAUGCCGGGAGUAUGAGGGCAAAAUCCGCCCCCUCCACUCGACCAGUAUCACCCGUAGGAGACAGCCUCGAUCCUGCGAAUCUCCUCAUCAAACUAAGCUUCCGCAAAGGCGGCGACAAACCAUUUUACAACGUGCUCAGGCGUGCCAUUAAAUCUCAGGCUUGGGAGGCAAGCACGCCGUUCUUCCAAGACAAUCUAACUAAUCGCGGCAAACGGAUUGGUCAUUCCGGGAGAAGCGGGACUUCUAGCCUCGCCGUCACAAACCCUGAACAUGGGCCCACACCCGUUGCCAUGCGUCCUUCUGGAAUAGAUGGAAUCCUGCGUAAUGUAGAAGCUUCGGCCCAGAAUACACAAACAGAUCUAAAUGAUGCCCUGAAAGACUUAGAAGGCAUAAUGAUGAAAGCAAAGGAUCUCGUUCACCUCGCGGGGGAGCUGAACGAGAAACUUACUGCAUGCUCUACGACUACGACUUCAACGCUUGGUUCUCCAUUUUCGACGAAUUCUUCGUCGUCAACCCCAGGCACCCAAACACCAAGUUUAUUUUCAACUACCGCACUUGUCCCCUCAACGGAGCCCGAAGAAGCCAAAUUUAUACGUUCUUCACUUGCGCAGCUGGGUUUACAAAUGUCUAAUGCUCCCGUCACGCUAGACAUGAUCAGGGACGAAAGAAAGUGGGUAGAAGAAUUGGCACGGGAACUGGCGGGGGUGUUGCAAGGGUCGCCGGAUGAUAUCCCCAGUCAGAAAUCAGUCGGAAUUAUGAAAGAACGAGGGAUUGUUGGACUAGAUGAGGUUUGGGGCGGAUGGAAUCGCGCGAGAGGCGUAGCUCUAAUUCCGCCAUCCACUUUUCUUCAAGUUCUUCCCCAUCUUCCGGCAUACACAACACCGCCUAUCCGCAGCAGAGUGUUUAAAUCAGGCUUAUCCGUCCUCCACAUGCCCCCAUACACCCACGCUUCGUUCACGGCCCGAAUAGUUGGCUAUCUUGCCAUGUCUGGUAUGAUGACGACAAGUCAGGUCGCCCAAGAAGAGAAUAUUACGAUCGGACUUGCAGAUGAAAUGAUCGCUGCUAUUGAAGCUGAUGGUGUGAUUUGCCGGGAUGAUGAAAGAUCGGCAAUCAAAGGGGGCGGGAGUGGGACUGCAUCAGAAGUUAGGUGGUCGAGGAACUUCUUUCUGGAAUAUGUUUGGGAUGGCCAGCUGUGA